AUGGAAUUAGAAGAAAAAGUAAGGAUACUCAAAGAACAAUUCAGUUCUUUGCCAGGGAUCCUUAUCAAAAAGACUCUUUGUAGCGAUGACAUUAAUGAAGACCUUGAGAAAUGCAAACAGCGGUUGCAAGAAUUUAACAAGCAAAUUAAUAAUCCAUCUCUUAGGAGUACCUCAGUAGGCACUACAACGGGAUUACAUGAUCCGUCACAGGAAGGGUGUGUCAGCACAGACAAGGCAGAAGAUCUUUCUGAAAAUAGUUUGGAGAAUCGAAAUGUAAAAGGUAAGCAUAGCACCCCAAAGAGGGGAACAGUAAAUCUCAAACGAUAAAUAUGUUAACAGCAUAGAAGACCACUAUUAUACGACUUGACCAAGCAAGCUGCCCUGUCUCCAUGUGUGUACUAAAUCGGCCUCGUGUUCUUUCUAUUCGCUCUGGUUUCGCUUUAUAUUUGCCCUGAUUUUAGUUUUUAUGAUGAUUUUUAGACUUUUUUCUAUUAUUCACAUAGCUCAUAUAAAUCUCGUUCUUUAUUAAGUCAGGGUGAUUGGGAUCGUUCAGUCCUGUGACACUUUUAGGCAAUAGUCAAUUGUGUUAUGGUAGGAAGCUUUGCUGAAACAGAAAAGUCGGACAUUUUUCUUUUUAAUUCUUGUUCUUCCCUUUUAUCUUACUUUUCUCCCUCUUCUUCUUCGUCCUCUUCUUCUUCUUCUUCUUCUUCUUCUUAAUAUUAUUAUUAUUAUUCUCCUUUUUCUACGCCUUUUCCCUUUUCGUCUGGCUUUCCACUGUCAGUUAGCAACCCUUGAAAAGGACCCUUUAGAUGAUUCAGAAAGCACAUGCAUUCAAAACCAAGAUAUGGGAAAACAAUACUGCUAUGUACAUUUUAGGUGGCUUGUCCUCCUCUUUCAAGUCUUUUGCUGCUCCGAAUCCUUGUGGGUGGAACAACGCUACCACGUUUGUAGAACAAAGACCUCUUGAUAACUGCAACGUGAAGCCUAUGUUCUCAGCCCCCAAACUUGAACAACUAUCGGAUCUAGCAAAGAUGAUGUCGCAGAGUCCAGGAAUCAUAGCCGAGAAUCCCAAAAUGAUGGUUCCAGAUCCUCCCAAACUUAAAUCCCAGUCAAAUGCUAUUAACAGUGGCAAACACAGCGUUCAUGAAACUUGCCUGAAUCCUUAUGCAAGCAAAAUGGCAUUUGAAAAACAAAGAUAUCUUCAUAACGGCGACGUGAAACCUACGAUCUCAUCAGUUCGGAAACUUGGAGAAGUAUCGGAUCCAGCAAAGAUAAUCACACAGAGCCCAGCAGUCAUAUCCAAAGGCAAAAGGAUGGUCACAGAUUCCCCGAAACCUAAAUCCAAAUCAAAUGUUAAUCUUCAUAAUAACACGGAAAAGGUGUCGCGUCCUGAAAUAAUGCGCACACAGAAAGAAGAGUUAGCCACUACUGUAAAGAGGAAUGCCCCUAGUCCCCCCAAAACCAAACCUAAACCAGCCUGGAGGACAAAACGAGGUAAGACAAGAGCCCUUUAAUUUAUGAUAAGACAUCAAGGCAGAAAACAGAAGAAGAAUUUUUUUUCAGGAGUAAGAAAGUUAUUUCCAGUGAUGAGACGGGUCAGCCUUCCUAAUGAAAUGCGGUGGACUAGAAAGAAGGUUUUCACACUGAAUCUUAUGUUUCGUAUUGGAGAGCGCAAUAUACGUUAGGUUCUAGGCGUGUAUAUUUUGCCUUCCUUUGUUAUUCGAGAUCAAGCAAUAAAAUUGUGCUUCAAGUGUAACUAUCAAGUUUUACCGAAAGAAAUCUACAACAGCAUAAGAUGCAUGACGAGUUUAACUUCCCUGGAGCCGCUUCCGACAACCCACGAGCCCAUACAAUAAUACAUCUGCCACCACAGUUAUAUGUUCGUGGCAACAAGGCCAGUAAGGGUCCCACAAGCUUACACCUAACAUUAGUCCUAUGAAGAGUUGUACUAUCAUUUCUACCUUUUUCUUUUUUACUUUUUUUGGGGGGGUGUUGUUGAAAAGGAUAUAUUCGGCUUUUAGAUGUUUAACUUUUUUUAUUCCGUAGUGCAAAACGAGGUAUAUAAGCAAAAAAAGACACAAAACAGCGGAGAAGAUGAACGGCACUCCAGUGAAAGAACAGUAUCUGAUGCCACCUCUAAUGCCAGCGUGAAUACUCAAGAAUUAGAGGAGAAGAUCAAAAAGCUUAAGGAGGAAUUCCCUCGUUCGCCGAGAGUCCUCAUUAAGAAGACUCUUUGUAGUGAUGACGUUCAGUGUGAUCUUGUGAAAGCCAAAAGACGGCUACAGGAAUUUUCACAAGUGGACGAUCCAUCUCUCAAGAGUCCUGUGACAACUGAGUUCAUCUCGGACAACUCAAACAGAGAUCCGCAGAUGAACAAAGGGAAACCUCAUUCAGGUUUGUAAAUAAUGAAAAAAGUUGCUAUGUAAGUACUGGAGACCAUAUUUUUUAGAUUUAUCGCCCUUAAUGUUUCUGUUCAUUUCCUUAUGAAAAGGACUCUAGCGGAAUUGCACUCCUUCAUCAUUCGGAAAUGUUGCAAUUCGAAUGGAAACAUUUGAUUGACGUCCACGGCAACUCAGGCUCCAACCAACCUAGAAAAAAACCUAUCAAGGGAGUGUGUUAUUGGAAACCGCUGUACGUUCUACAAGUAUAUUCCGCCUUUCCUUGUUAGUCGAUAUCUAGGACUAAAAAAGUAGCACGGGUAGUAUAAAGUUAUCCUGAAGAAAAUCUAAAACAACAUAAGAUAACGACUCGGUCGAACCCUGGAUUUAAGUUGCCAGGAGUUGUGUCCAACGAACCCAUGUAAAGAAGCUCGGAUAUUAUUCAUUAUUUUUAGUUAGAAUAGUUCAGCUCGCUCGAACAAUAUUUUGCUAGUAGCGACCAAAGGACAAUAUGCACAGAUUAUCUUGAAGUUGGUCUUCUGGGAAGAGGUGCAUGUGUUGUUGUUGAGAAGGAUGUUAUGUGUUUUAAUCUUUGUAUUUUUAUCGUAUUCCGGGCUCCUAGAUGGUUAACUUUUUUUAUUCCAUAGUGCAAAACGAGGUAUAUAGGCAAAAAAAGACACAAAACAGCGGAGAAGAUGAACGGCACUCCAUUGAAAGAACAGUAACUGAGGCCUCCUCUAAUGCCAGCAUGAAUUCUCAAGAAUUAGAGGAUAAGAUCAGAAAGCUCCAGGAGGAAUUCCCUCGUUCACCGAGAGUCCUCAUUAAGAAGACUCUUUGUAGUGAUGACGUUCAGUGUGAUCUUGUGAAAGCCAAAAAACGGUUACAGGAAUUUUCACAAAUAGACGAUCCAUCCCUCAAGAGUCCUGUGGCAACUGGGUUCGUCUCAGACAACUCAUACAGAGAUCCACAGAUGGGCAAAGGGAAACCUCAUUCAGGUUUGUAAAUAAUGAACAUAGAACAUAUUUUCAAGAUUUCUCUCCCCUACAAGUUUCUUUCCAUUACCUUAAGCAGAUUCGAGACGUAAUCCAGUCUUGAGUCUCUAUCCAAGGCAGUGAUGAUUGGAGAAGGCGGUAACUGAGCCGACAUUUUCAGAAUUUUGCUCUCUUUAAUUUUCUUCGGCAGCUUUUACACUUCUUAACAUUUCAAAUCUGUUACUCCGAGAUCAUGUUAUGGCAUAUAUAUUAUUUGUCACUUUAACUUGAAUUGUAAAUCUCCUGAACAAAUUCUGUGGAGUUAUGAUAAUUCAAUUGAAACGCCCCUUUGGCAGAAAUUUUACAUGGUACCAUUUGUUUCAUAUCUAUAGGAUUUUGCAACAAGAAUAUCAUUCUUCUUUUGUGAACUUUGUCUUUAGCCACUGAAAGACGCGAAAUGAUUAACUAAGUAUAUACAUGUAUAUUGUGUUUAGCAUUUACCAAAUCAGUGAAUCAAUUAAGUGAUUGGCUCCCGUAACUCGAAGUAUACUUGGCUGUUCACCAUUUUGGAACCCAAAUCAAUUUGGUGGGUCGUUUCGCGACAGUUUCAAAUGAUGACAUUUUAGCUAUUAAUGAAGCACUUGUACCAAAAGAAGAAAAAAUUUUAAUUCUUAAAUAUGUUAAAAAGCCAAAUUCACGAUAUUUUCGACGUCUGCACUUAAAAAUUCUUUUCCUUUACAUUAUCUGCAAUUUUUUAGCUUCCGAGCAGAAUAAAUUAAAAUCUUAGAAUCCUGAGGAGUUUCUGAACAUGUUCAUCGGUACAAUGUUUUGUUUUUGUAUUGCUUUGUUUGUUAAUUCAGUCAGUCCGUUGAAAUUGACACAAAUGUGACAGUACUUGUGACGUGUGAAAAGAGAAGAUGUCUAUCUUCCGUACCGGAUGCUGGACUUCGAGGAAGUUUAAAUGCAGGCACACUGGGAGUGUUCGACACUGCCUCACAGAUCAAAUGACUGCACUGUGCACUUUUUUUUGCUGGCUCGAGGCCGGGUAAAUGCUUCAUUUUCGAGCCAUAUAGAUAAUAAUAGUGACUGCUGGGACCUGUGUAAAAAAUCAUGCCAUUGAUGGGUGCCAGUACUUAGGAAAGUGUCCCCAAUUUGCUGACAGUUAAGCUAAAUAUAUUGCAACGAAAAUGACGUUGUUAUUAUAAUUAUUAUUAUUAUCACUGUUUUCUCCGACGAAUGCUCCACGUUCUUAGACAUGAUGAAUGACAUUGGCAUUGACAAAAAGCAGCAACUUUAUAUAAUCAAGAAAUUAAAUGAUGAACAUAGCCAUUAGCGCAACAUAUUACAUCUUUUGGUGUAGAAAUAGGAAUUGGAAUAGCCCAGACUUAUGCAAUUUUGAUUUUCUUUUCUUCUUCGUCUUUCUUUUUUUCGAAUAAUUCAAUCUCAAGCAGCAUUUGUAAAUUGCUUAUACGUAGCGAGAUUUACAAUUGUACAUUCAAAAACACAAAUAAAGCUUCCAUUAUUAUUAUUAUUAUUAUUAUUAUUAUUAUUAUUAUUAUUAUUAUAUAGAGCUAGUGUUUAUUGAAGCAAAGUGUUUUUUUAUAGCAUUGCAAAGGAAGUAUCGGGAACAGAAAUAUCAGGAAAGCGACGAAAACUCUAAAGAAGAAGAUUAUAAUGAAGGUUAUGGCAGUGAUUAUGAAGUAGAGUGUGGCGGUGAUUGGCAAGAUAAUGAUUAUGCCGACAAUGUGAGAAAUUGGGAUGAUGACGAUGAAAAUGAUUAUGACUAUGAUUAUGAAGAAGAUUAUAACGUUAGUUCUGAGGAUUAUGACGUCGACGAUGUUCUAGAGUAUGGUUACUAUGAUUAUGAAGAAGAUUGCGAAGAAGUUUGUUGUAAUAUUCCAGUGGUUUCACAACCAUACGACAAACUAGGUAACCUCCUUCAUGGUCAAACUUCUAGGGGAAGAAGAGUGGAUUCUAAACUGAUGCUGUUCUCGAACCAAGGUUGGUCUCGUCUUCAAAGCACAGGAGGAUAUUGCCCUGUCGAAGACCACUUGCAAUUGAAUGGAGGUAAUUAUUACAAAAAUAGGGAUCUCCAGUGUCAGACAUGACUACGUAAUGGUCUGGGCCUGGUUGUUCGAAGGCUGAUUAGCCCUUAACCUGGGGUUAAAUUUAACCCGGGUUUCUUAUUCUUGUGUUCAAAAGCAUUUUCUCGGAUGAUCUCUCCGUUAUUUUUAGAGCUUCCAAUCAUUAACCUGUAGACCAAAAGAAUUAAGACUGAACUGCUUUUUAAGCUUUCAAAUCUGAAUUCAAAUCUCGCACUAACCCUGGGUUAUCUUAACCCAGCUUUGAACAACUCGGCCCUGGUGAUAAAUACACCGAGGGUUCAGUUAACCUGCACUGUGGGGAAAAAACGGAGACAAACGUAUUUCAUGUCGUUACUGUAAUUACUACUCUGAUAAUCUCCUACUUCUGAAGUGGAGAGGCAUGUGGCUCGUUUGCCAUCUCUCCAUCAAGAGGCUCUCUUUUUAUUAUUAACCGCCUAGAAUAAUUAAAUUGGGAAAUAAUGACCUUUUUUAACAUUUUGCGCAAAGGGAAUUCACACUCUCCAUUUUCAUCCUAACCUGGAGAGAGGACCAUGGAUCGACCAGGUUCAACUAUGGUUUUACGAUUAAAAAAUAAAAGAUUAAGAUAACAGAAGAGAAGCAUCAACUAUAUAGAAAUGAAAGAUAGCAAAAAAAAACUUAGACGCGUGCUAAAAUAACGUAACAGAACAACAUGCAGAAAUGUCACAUAUCUGAAUUGCUGAUGACUCUGAUUAAGUCAAUCGGUCCUCAUUUUCAAUCGUAAGAAAGAAGAGACACUCCGACCAAAGUAAAUCCAGUUGUACUAAGUAUAAUCUAUACACAAUGCAAGUUUCCACGGCACCCACACAUAAAUUAUUGAUAUGGACCCUUUUUUUUUUAGAUAACUUGUCUCCCAGCGGCUGGGCUCCAAUGCCUCUUGACGAAAGGGGAAAUGAAGUUGCUGUUCAUACGGUGAACCUAGCAAGCACUUGUGCUGAGUACCAAGAGGUCGCACAGAGGGUAAGACAGACACUUCCGUCCCAGAAUAUUGUCAGCAUCGCAAGAAUUCAAAAUCCCUUUCUUUACCAGUCUUAUCAACUGCGAAAGCAAAAAAUGAAGAAAGACAAUGGAGGAGAUAACGAACGCCAGCUGUUUCACGGCACAAAUCCAGAUAACGUAACAAAAAUUAACACUCAAGGAUUUGACAGAAGUUUAUCAGGCUCAGCAAAUGGUGAGAAUUCUUAACCUUCACAAAGUGCAAUAGUUACCGUAAAAAAUGUAGAUUGUCCAAUCACAACGUUUUCUGAAAACAAAAGAUUCUCAAGGUUUUUGCAAACGGACAAAUAAAAUUCAAGUAUUCAACGAAAAACUUUAAAACCGUUUGAAAUUAUCUGACCUCUCAGGAAACAACCCUCAGAUUUAUAAAUGUUAUUGGUCCGUUUGCAAAAAAAAACUAGAGGAUCUUUUGUUUCAAAAAGCAUUCAACCACAGUAUACUUGUAAUCUCCAGCGGCGGUUGUCUCUAUGGGUUCAGGAUUAACAAUCAGAGAGGACUAAUCCCGACCAAGUGCUCAAUUGGUCAAUUGGGGGUCAGUAUCCAUCUCGUAAGCAAAAACACUGAAGACACCAAAUUGUAGCUACUGGCUAUCUAAACACUGGAGCAGAAUACGUGUUCUGAAUGCCAAGCAAAUUAGUCCAUUUAUUUGUUUUUAGUGGCCUGAGAAACUCCACCUCGGUUGUAGUCUUGCUCGUGACUCUAUGAAUGCCAAACAGGGGAGGAGACAAUAAUCGAUGAUAGACGUAUACAGUCCAUAUGAACUCAAUGAAAGGAGACCAAGCUCAACACAGUCCAUAUGAAAACCUUUUCUCCCAACCCGGAAAACCUUUUCUCUAAAAACUAAGAAACUUUUUUUAUUUUAGCCUUUACAAUACAGCUGAAUGCGAGUCUUUUUAGGAGAGCUUUUAGUGCUGCAGAACACAUGAAUCACAUUAUUAACUCAUUAAUUACGUCAUGAACACUUUUAUAGGAGCUAUUUUUGGCACUGGAGUCUACUUUGCCAGAGAUGCCUCAUAUUCAAGGUGCUAUACUUCAAAUACCAUUGGUGCCAUGUACCUCGCCCGUGUCUUGGUGGGACAGUAUUGCAAAGGCGAUUCAAACAAGAAAAAACCUCCACCAAUAAACCCAAGUCGACCAGAGAUUCUGUUCGACUCUAUGGUGAACGACAUACAGGAUCCUUCAAUUUUUGUUGUAUAUUACGACAAUCAAUGCUACCCAGAAUAUCUUAUUAGAUUUUAA